AGCUGUUUGGAGGAUGUGAACGUCAACCUGUGCAUGGGUUAGGCUCGAGGCUCGGGUUGGGCCUUGGAGAAGCAUUACAGGCUCUAGAUUGGGCCAAAGGCUUACGUCCAAGCCUGUCCAAGAUUGGUGAGUCGAGCAGGCCUUGCCGAAACACUCCUCUAGGCCCAGCAAGCUCUCGGAUUCCAUGACGGGAGAUGAUUUGGCAAUGUGACACUUGGUGGGUUCUAACAAGAAGCUCCAAGUAACAAGAUAACAAGCAGAAACAAUUCUCACCGAAUGCCAACAGUUGAAUCCGUGGGGCCAAUCCGCUCUUGAGGCCGGCCGUUGACGCUUUCCAAAGUUUUCAAGUUCAACGCGGCACCACAUUUGGUCUUCUUUCGGCCCUCAAGAUGAUGUCAGCUGCAUUUCAGACCGUCGAUUUCCUCGGACGGCAUGUUUAUCGAUCAUAUUCAAUGUCGUUCGGUCCAUUGCGUCACUGAUGACUCCGAAAUUUUAGCUGGCUGCCUCAGGACUCGGAUCGAGACACUCGAGUGAUUAAAAACUUUUUGUUUAGGAACGCUCGAGCAGAGGUGAGAAACGUUGUGCGUCUGAUUUCCUGAACCAUGAUUCGUCUGUUGUUUCUCAUCUGGGCGCUCUUUGUCUCCAGCCACGGCCAGCAAUACUAUGACCCCUCAACCUGUUCUUCACAUGAAGCCUCUACUGUUUCAGGGUACAGCUGUGCUGAUCCCCGAGAGAAUUGUCGGGCGUUCCUGCUGUACCGGGCGAACCGGGACUACUCGAUGAUCUCGAACAUCGCCAAGCUGUUCGGGGCUGAUCUCAAUGUGGUACUUAGUAUGAACGGGGUCGGAUCCCCCACUGAGAAUCUCCAACCGGGUAGAGAAGUUCUCGUUCCAAUCCAAUGCUAUUGUGCCGGCACAUUUUUCCAGAAAAACGCGACCUAUCCUGUCGGCGGAAGCACAAAUUUCUCUGAGAUUGCGUGCGGAGUCUUUGAAGGCCUAGUGAAAUUGGCGACACUGGUCGAAGAUAACCAUCCCUUUCGGUCUGAGCUUGUCGUGCCCCUGAAAUGUGCUUGUCCUGGUAAUUUUUCCGUAAGCAGUGGGAUGGUACAGUCCCUCGUGACAUACCCCAUUAUGGAAGGAGACAAUACGAAUAAAGUCGCGCAGAAAUUCGGCAUUCCUGUUAGCGACAUCUGGGCGGCUAACCAUCUAGACUACAGGUCAACAGUUUAUACGGGCUCUACGAUUCUUGUCCCUUUAACGAAAGAAGAACCGUCUCUCAAUUUCACAUUACCAUAUUCCCCGCCUCCCCCUCCAGGUUUUCUUCCUACGGUUCCUGUGGAGAAGCCGACGGAUAGCAGGAAACUUAGGAACUUGUACAUUGCAGGAUCCGUGGUUGGGCUGUCAUUAGUACUUGUAGCGUCGAUUGCUUGUGGUCUGUACCUGAAGGCCUCGAAGAGAUGGAAAGGCCAGAAAUUGCAGUCUUUCAAUACAAGAAGCUCGUGCUUCUCGUAUCUGUCCACGCUAAGCUCUCCGAGGUCGGGCCAGACGGGUAGAAGCUCCAGGAAGUCCUGUUUGUCCCCAGAUCUUCUGAUCGGGAUCAAAUACACAUUGAUCCAAUACAGCAUCGAGGAGCUCAGGAAGGCGACCGGGAAUUUUAGAAAAGACACCAGGAUAGAGAGAUCAGUCUACAAGGGUUUGAUUGACACUGUCGAAGUGAUGAUCAAAGGAAGCAACGUCAAAGAGACCCAUCGGGUCAUCGAUGUGCACUCAAAGAUCAAUCACAUCAAUGUCUUGACUUUGCUUGGCGUUUGUUACGACGAAACGAGUGAUGAUUCUCAGUCUUACCUCAUCUUUGAGUACUUGAGCAAUGGAAGAUUAAGGGAUUGCUUGUCUCGGCUGGGAAAUCCUCUCCAUUGGCACCACCGGACCCAAAUCGCUUUUGACAUCGCGACAGGGCUUCAUUAUCUACAUCACUGCAUAUUUCCUUCUUAUGUUCACAUGAAUGUGAACAGUAGGAACAUUUUCAUCAUGUCCAACUGGAGAGCGAAGCUAGGGAACAUCGCCCCAACGACUGCUAUUGGCUCCUCAAAAGGAAACGACCACAACACUUCGAUCAGUUUCGAUGGAUGGAUUGCGCCGGAGCACAUGCUAAAUGGAGCGGUCUCCGAGAAAGUGGACGUUUUCGCUUUCGGAGUGGUCUUGCUAGAGCUGAUUUCAGGUCAAGUGGACAUCGAUGGCAGACAGUUCAAGGAGUCCGUCUGGUUUUUGGCAGGGGGAGGGAACGAAGGUGGGUAUUUUGAGCAACUGAGGGGCUUCAUGGAUCCGUGUCUAAAGGAGGAUUAUCCCCUCGCCGAGGCCUUGUGCUUAGCAGUUUUGGCCAAGGCUUGUGUCGAAGACGACCCCAUGCAUAGGCCAUCCAUGGAGGAUGUGACGAAAGUGCUUGGGAGGAUGGUCUGAUUGGAGACGGUGCGCGCAUUUUGAUCUUAGAGUCCAAAGUGUACAACAUGUCACAUGUACAUGAUACAUUCAUUAGUAAAUUUUAACUGAACUGCUGUAUAAAUUGUCAAAUGGGAGAUAAAGUACUAUAUUCGAGACU